UUGAUAAUCACAGACAGGUGUGUUGGAGCAGGGCUGGAACUGAAGUCUGCAGGACGGUAGCUCUCCAGGAGCAGGGUUGGAGAUCUCACUUUCUUUUUUCUUUUAUUUCCUAUGUCAACACUUGGUCCUUCUGACUGUAUCUGUUCCUUGUUUUAUCAUAACUUGUCUGCUCCUCGUUUUUUUCUUAUUCACUACAUCGCUUCUCAGGACAGCAAAGAAUAACAAGCAGCUCUCGCUGAUAUACAGCGAUCAUCAGCACCACUAGCUGUUUAACAAAACGUCUGCCAAACAAGAAAUUGUAAAAAUAAAUAAAUAAACCGCAGCAAAAGAUGGGAAACCUCACGUACUACCAAGAGAGAUUAUCCGUCUGUGUAUUCAUUUAUCUGAGUCUGUGCGUCUCUUCUAACAACGAAUCUGUAAGUUGAACUGUUCCUAGUACAGCGAGGUUUCCACCUCCAUACUGAGAAACGACAUGUAGCUUUUCAGUUGCCUAUGCUUCGCGUGCUUCCCCCGAAUAAAAACUAAAUUUCGUUGGGGAAAAUAUUUGUUAUAUUUAUUCAGUGUCUUUUGAUGUUUUGGUUAUUUUGCUUGUAGCCCGUUGUAAUUUGUUUAUUAUUAUUAUUAUUAUUAUUAUUAUUAUUAAAGAAAAGAAAAGAAAAUUGAUAAUGCACGUGCAUAGUCGCGUGCUUAGAAUGCUUUGCAUAAAUCCCGCCUGGCGCUGUCUGUGACGUCACAUGACAGGUUCGAAAUUAGAAUGUUCAGAAUCUGUAUAAUACUCAAUCUGCUUGAUCGCUUUUACAACUCAAUCUGCUCGUUUGAAUUCUGCUCGACUGCAAGAUUCGCUCUGCUGUACGAAAAUAUUCACUCUGCUUGACUGCACUCUUAAUUCAGUUGACCCAAGAGUCCAAAUUUGCAAGUCUGUCUGCAAGACAGCCCAUUUUGUCCAGUUAUCUGGACUCCAGAAGAUUCAGCUGGUUCCCCAAAACAAAACCAUGCUGAUCACUGCCAGUCUGGUGAUGUUAUGGUGGUACUCCACCAGGGUGAAAAAUAAAUCACCAAAUACUACUGUGAAAAAGGAGGACACCAAACAACCACAGAUAACCAGAAAGACAACCAAGAGACAACUGGUGUGGCCUUUCACAGAAGGAUCUGAGACUGCCACUACCUCUGCAGCUGACACUGAGACGGACAGUGCGCCUGAGCCCGUCAUCGUCCCUGAGACGGACAGUGUGCCUGAGCCCGUCAUCGUCCCUGAGACGGACAGUGCGCCUGAGCCCGACAUCGUCUCUGAGACGGACAGUGCGCCUGAGCCCGUCAUCGUCCCUGAGACGGACAGUGCGCCUGAGCCCGUCAUCGUCCCUGAGACGGACAGUGCGCCUGAGCCCGUCAUCGUCCCUGAGACGUACAGUGCGCCUGAGCCCGUCAUCGUCCCUGAGACGGACAGUGCGCCUGAGCCCGUCAUCGCCCCGGAGACGGACAGUGCGCCUGAGCCCGUAAUCGUCCCUGAGACGUACAGUGCGCCUGAGCCCGUCAUCGUCCCGGAGACGGACAGUGCGCCUGAGCCCGUCAUCGUCCCUGAAAAGGACAGUGCACCUGAGACCGACAUUGUCCCUGAGACGGACAGUGCGCCUGAGACCGACAUCUUCUCUGAGACGGACAGUGCGCCUGAGCCCGUCAUCGUCCCUGAAAAGGACAGUGCACCUGAGACCGACAUCGUCCCUGAGACGAACAGUGCGCCUGAGACCGUCAUCGUCCCUGAAAAGGACAGUGUGCCUGAGACCGACAUCUUCUCAGAGAAGGACAGUGCACCUGAGACUGACAUCUUCCCUGAGACGGACAGUGCACCUGAGACCGUCAUCAUCCUUGAGACAGACAGUGCACCUGAGACUGACACUGUCACGUACCCUGAGACGGACAGUGAGCCUGAGACAAACAGUGCGCCUGAGACCGUCAUCGUCCCUGAGACAAACAUUGCACCUGAGACUGACACUGUCACAUGCCCUGAGACAGACAGUGCGCCUGAGACUGUCAUCGUCCCUGAGACGGAGAGUGCGUCUAAGACCGUCAUAGUCCCUGAGAAGGACAGUGCACCUGAGACUGACACUGUCACGUACCCUGAGAAGGACAGUGCAACUGAGACUGACACUGUCACGUACCCUGAGACGGACAGUGCGCCUGAGACCGUCCUCGUCCGUGGGACAGACAGUGUGUCUAAGACCAUCAUAGUCCGUGAGAUGGACAGUGCACCUGAGACCUUCAUCAUCCCUGAGAGGGACAGUUCACCUGAUAUCGCCAUUGUCUCUGAGACGGACAGUCCGCCUGAGACCGUCAUCGUCCAUAAAACGGACAGUGCAUCUGAGACCGUCAUUAUCCCUGAGACGGACAGUGUCUCGGACAGUGCACCUGAGUCUGUCAUCGUCCCUGAGACAGACAGUGCACCUGAUAUCGCCAUCGUCCCUGAGACAGACAGUGCGUCUGAAACCGUCAACGUCCCUGAGACAGACAGUGUACCUGAGACCGUCAUCAUCCUUGAGACAGACAGUGCACGUAAAACUGACACUGUCACGUACCCUGAGAUGGACAGUGCUUCUGAGACCGUCAUCGUCCCUGAGAGGGACCGUGACCCUGAGACUGACAGUGCACCUGAAACCGUCAACGUCCCUGAGAUAGACAGUGCGUCUAAGACCGUCAUCGUCUCUGAAAGGGACAGAGCACCUGAGACUGUCAUCAUCCAUGAGACUGUCAUCAUCCAUGAGACUGACACUGUCCCUGAGACAGACAGUGCUCCUGAGGACAUCAUCAUCCCUGAGAUUGACACUGUCUCUGAAACCGACAUUGUCCUUGUGACUGAAACUGCCUCAGAGAUAACAGUGCCCUUGAGACUAACACUGCCUCUGAGACUUUCACUUUCUAUCAGUCUCAAACAGCCUCUGAGCCCGAAACUCCCUCUGAGACUGACACUCCCAUUGAGACUGGCCCUGCGUCUGAGAAUGACACUUCCACUGAAACUAACACUGCCUGUCAGACUAACACUGCCUCUCAGAUUGAGCCUGCCUCUCAAAUUGAGACUGCCUCACAGACAGGCACUAGAUCUCAGACUGACAGUGCAUUUCAAACUGACAGUACAUCUCAGACUGACACUGCCUCAAAGACAACAGUGCCUCUUAACUUCCAGGGCUUUGGAGCCUACCACUGCCUCUGAGACUGACACUACCUGGAAGACUGCCCUUGAACAUAAUGAGGGUGCCACUACCUCAGAGACUGACACGACUUCAGAGACUGACACGACCUCUGAUGCUUCCACUGUCUCUGAGUCUGACUUUGAAUAUCUGAUGGCCGCUGCCUCUGAACUGCCAAUGGAUCUGAUCCAGCUACUGCUUCUCAGACAUCCACUGUCUCUGAGACUGACACUCCCUGAAGACCUAAGCCCCUUUUAACUUACAUAAUCUAUCCUAUUCCUUAUAUGGUGCAAUAAAAAAAUACCUUUUUACUUCUACAUUUCUUUCUUUUUUUCUGUACUAUUGUUAAAGGAAGAGAAUUCAUGCCACAGUGAAGUCCAUGGUAGGAGCAAUGCUGAAUGCCAGCAUUGCGUUUCAUGUCUGAAAUCAUUCCACAUAAAAGACAAUGCUGUCUUAUUUAACUUAUUUUCUUAAAAAAAAAAAAAUUACAUUUAGGUUUGCAUUCCAACUACCACCUUGCAAGCCAAGUACACUGUUAAAUAAUAUAUUAAUUAUAUGGUAUUCAAUGAUGUUAUCAAUAUUUAACUUGCCCAGUGCAGUAUUAACUAUAAGUAGAUUCCAUGUCAAGGUUGUUGCAAGUUAGCUCAAAGGGAAGAAUCAUUAACUAAUCUGUUUGUCCAGUGAACAUUGUGUAAUUUCAUAUCACCUCAUUGUCACCACAGAAAAUAAUGCAUUAAUGCAUUUAGUAGCGAGAUCGGCUUGUAAAAGGGACUUCAACUGUAAAUUCGGACACUACUCUUUAGACAUACUGUUUUUCACCUAAUAUAUAGUAGGUAAGUAUGUGAUCUCAGACGC